AUGGGCCUCUACGACCUGUACGCUAAAAUAGUUCCCGUCGAAGAAGCUAAAGGAGCACCAGUUUAUCCAAGUACAGUUUGGGGUGCCACCUGUGAUGGUACCGACCGGGUUUCUCCCGAGACAGUACUUCUUCCCGAGCUAGCGAUUGGAGAAUGGGUGGUUUUUGAAGAAACCGGAGCCUACUCUCUAUCUAUAGCAUCAGACUUCAAUGGAUUUGAACUACCACAUGUACAUGGGAUUGUUAACGGAAGAGAUUGGUGGUGA